AGUGUUGCAAUGUGUUGCUUCUUUUCUUAAUGAAUGAAGCAGGAUUCUUGCCCGUUCGGAAACGAAAUGUCUUAUUGCGCAUGCGCAUGUACCGGGACGCGUCCUCCGCGCUUCCCCCCUCCAGAUUCUUCUGCAAUGUAUAAAGAGCCAAGAGAAGAAAACAUAAGAUUAAAAUGCACGAACAAAGUGCUCUGAUUGCCAUGAGAGGAUCUAGCUGCAGUCCAUGAAUCGGAGUCUUUUUACAAAGAAUGUCAGGGACAACAAAUGCGGAAUCGGAGGGAGUCUCCAAAGUUCAAAUAAAAAGGCAGAUCAAGACAAUCGUGGAAGAUUUGGAGAACAUCUUAGGAGACUUGAAGGAUGUAGCGAAAGAACUCAAAGAGGUUGUUCAUGAGAUAGACUCCCUGACAUCAGACCUCCAACUAGAGGAGAUGGCAAACAGCUCAAAGACUGACACACUGAACAGCAGCUCGAGCAGUACCACAACCACUACCACUGCCUCCAGCAUUGAGAGAAUCAAGAUCUACCCUGAAGACUCCUUCCUCAGACCUCCAUCCAUGGCCUCUGGCAUGCUCACUGUAUUAAAGAGGACCCAUCCUUCUCUCCCACCCCCUCGCCUGAUGCCAGCCCGAUUCGAGGACCACAUCAAGAGCUUGUCAUCAGGGAACCAAGCCAAAGAGAACAGAACACUCAUGCGCAAUUGCGUCUUCUCUACAAAGCCCAUUAACAUACAGAACAGAGAUUCGGUGUGCAUGCCUAAAAGCUCAACAGAGCAAGGACUGGCUCUGAUACCCCUUCUACGGCACAAAAAAAGUCGAUGUCCCCAGGUGACACGGGAAAGGGUGAGAUUCAGUGAAAAAGUCCAGUACCAUGGCUACUGCCCAGAUUGUGACCUGCAGUAUGACAUUGAAAACACAGAAAUGCACUUACACUCUGAGGUUUUUGACAUGAAACUAAGUCCCAUUCAUCAAUGCUCCUCCAUGGCCCCAGCUCAUGUUCUGAUGGAAAACGGUGGGCUGAGCCUCAGUCACAGCUUUCCUCCUACAACUCAACCUUGUGUGCCUCAUCAUGCUACUCCAAAACCGCAGAAAACCAUACUACGCAAGUCCACCACAACAACUGUUUGAUACAUAAAUCCCCAUAAAAGAGACUAUUAACAAUUUUUUAUAUAUUUCCUUUAUUGUCAUAAGAACUUUCUAGUGCAAUAUAAAAUGGAUUUCCUGAAGAUUAAAAAGGAAUGGGAUUGAUUACUUCAUUGGAAGUCCUAAAAAAAGUAAGUGUCUGGUCCCUUUAUGACCGAAGAAAUGCCAUACUGACCACCUGAUCACCUCAAUUUCGUGUGAUGCUCAAUGAAGGCUCAUUUCAGAAAGCUCUUAGAUCACUACCAAAGGCCCCACACAGACAAAGGAACUACUCAACUGUAUCAUCAACAAUCAGUUUAAUCAUAAUGGCCAAAGGAUAUAAAAUGUUGUUUGGUGUAGAAACACCUGUGAUUCUAUCAGACAGGUCUGCGUGGUCUUAGAAUUACAAAACAAAAUUAGAAUUGAAGAGAAAAGGGGGGAGUCACUAUUAUCUUUUUCAUUCCAUAUAUUAUUGUUUUUUUCUGUAAAUCCUACAGUGACCUGAAAAUUUAUUGUAGCUUGAAAUGACUGAAAUGGAGAAAAGUUCUAUAUUGUUGCUGCUGAAAAAUGUGAAAACAUUUAAUAGGAUCCACUUUAACUUGAUGGCUACAGUUCAUUUCAUCUUGUGCACUCUUUAUCAUAUAUAAAUAAGGAGAGAAAUGCCCGUACAAAUAUUGCCUUUGAAUGAAUGGAAAUUUCUGGAAAAUUUAGAGAAAUGUAAGUUUAAGUGUAUAGUAUAUGUUUUAUAAAAAAGGAUUUUGAAAUAUAAAUAAAUACAUAUAUAUAUAUAUACAGUACAUAUAUAAAAGAACAUAUUUUUGAUAUUUCUUAAAUGAUUUUAAAGAUUGACUUCAUUUUUUCUGAACUGUAAUCUCUGCAGGGCAUUUAUUUAAAUAAUUUAUUUAUGUAUUAUUCAAAGAUAUAGAAAAUGUCAAAGGUUUUUGUAUAUUUUGUGGGUGUGAUUAUUUGUGACUGUGUUAAAAAAAAAAAACAAAUUAAUUUGUUUCAUGUAUACAAUCUUACAAAAAUAUUGGAUUUCUCGACAAAGUGUGUUGUAUAUUAUGCUCCUCUAAUGGGAACAAUAUUUUAUAAUACAGCCCAUGUACACUCUAAGAUACACAUUUGCAUCUGAUGACUAAUACCACUGUUCCAUAUCCAGAAAUACUGCAUUGUUUCUGAUGUUGUGCAACAGCUGCAAGCCAUUUACCCUAGAAAUAAAUAUUUUUACACCUCUGAGGACGUUAACAAUAGGAGACAUCCAGUGAGAAUAUCUUCUCUCCAUUCUAGUUUCUUGGGUGUUUUCUGGAAACUGGAAAUGAAAAUUUUGGGGAAAAUUGGGAGUCAUCUUCUUGGCCAUUUGUAUUUAUUUUUACACAGUGUGACCAUUUAUUGAACCACAUAACAGUAAGAAGGACACGAGGAUAAUGAAAAAUGACACAACCAUAAAAAAAAGAAAUGAAAUAUUUCUGGGGGGUUUUAAGAUGUCAUUCUUAGCACUUUGCACUUAAAUCAAAAACUUUAUAUAGUGUGG